UGCGGGUGCCAGUUGUGGGGCCAGGCCCAGUCACGAUGGUGCUGGCCGAGGUAACCCCGUCCUGGCUCCACCUGCAGUUCGCCUCGGGCCAGCCGGGCCCGGCCCCGGGCCCUGAGGAGGCAGGUGCUGGGUGCCGGGGCUCUGGGCCUUGCCUCUGCCUGGAGCAGGGCCGCCUCCCUGCCCCGUUAAAGCCACCCGGCCCGGCCCGGCCCGGCCCGCGCUAAUCCCGCGGCCCCGUGUGCCGGCGGGGUCCAGCGCUGCGGGGCAUCCCGCACCAGCCGGGCCGGGGAGGCGCGGGCCAGGCGGGGCGCAGCUCGGAGGGGCCAAGCCCUGCCGGUGUCCCUCACCCGCGGCCCUGACCCUCCGCCGCGGGCUGCCGGAGCCGGGGGCAGGGCGCGGGCCGCGGCGCCGCUCAGGUUGCAGCCCACGUGGGCCGGUAAUCCGGCGGCUGCGGUGCGGCUGCUCGGCGCGGCGCGGCGCGUGACCGGGUUCCUGCCGCCGCAGCGCCGCGCUGGCCCCGCCGCUCCCGGCGCGGCCCGGCCCGGCGCCGCCAGGUGAGGGAUGCGCGGGGCGGGCGGGCGAGAGGCUCCCGCCGCGCCGGGCUGUCCCCGCGGGCCGAUCCCGCACCCGCACCCAGGCGGCCUCUCCUUCCCGCAGGCUGUAGCGCGGGGCUCGCCAUGGCCGCGGCGCGGCUCCUGGCCUGGGGCCUGCUGCUGCCCGCCCUGGUGCAGCCCGGCCCGCCCGCCGCCCCGCUCGGCUCCAGCGGCGCCGGCGAGCCCGAGGCCGAGCCCGAGGCCGAGGCCAAGGAGCGGGUGACGGCCCCGGCGGGGGGCUCCGCCCUCUGGGCCCCGCUCCUGGGCGCCGCAGACUCCCGGCAAGCGCGGGAGGCGCGCCCGGGCAUCGCCAGCCCCUGGACAGAGACCCCGCGGGCCGUGGACCGCAGCCCGGCCGCAGCGCGGACCCCGACCCCGCGGCCCAGCGUGUCCACCGUGGCCCUACGGGGGCCGCCGCGAGGAGCCGAGGGCACGUCCCCCGCGCCGCACGGGGCUGGCGCGGGACUCGACUCGCACGCGGAUCUGGCACCGACAUCGGCCUGGACAGAGGGGCCCCUCGCCCGCCCGCGCAGCACCCGGGGGGCCCCGGCCCGCAACGCCACGGCCACGCCAGCGCCCGCGCCCGCGCCCGCGCCGGGAGCCACCUCCGCGGGGCAGCCCCACGCUCGGCCCAGCCCCGACACCCGCCCGGCCACGCCGGACCCCGCGCCAACCGGCUCAGGCUCAGCCGCCCCCGCGCCUCCCCUCCCAGGCACCGGCACGACCACGGCGACAGCCGAGGACAUUGGCUCCCCGCAGCGCGUUCGCGGCGCCGUGGGCCCGAGACUCCCCGCGAACGCCACGGCCACGCCGGCUGCAGACGUCACGCCGGGGACCCCGCGCGCAGGCCCCAGCCCCGCGCCGCCGCGCAGCACCCCGCGCCGGGGCCUGAUCCGCGUGAGCACGCAGCGGGCGCUGCCGCCGCCCCCCGACCGGGACCGGGACCGGGACUGGGACCAGGACCGGGACCCGGGCCGCGCCCGGCCCGGCCCCACCUCGGCGCCGCCCAACGCCACGCGGCCGCGCUGGGCCGAGCUGCCCCCGGCGCUGCGCCUGGCCUGGGCGCUGCACGUCUACGGCGCCGGCGCCCUCUUCGCGCUGCUCAGCCUGGGCGCGCUGGCGGGGCUGGCGGCGGUCCGCGCCCUGCGCCCCCCGCACCUGCGCUGCGUGGCGGCGGCACACGCGCUGCUGCUGGGCGCGGGGCUGCUCCGCGCCGCCUUCCUGCUGCUGCUGCUGGCCGCGCCGCACGGCCGCCCGCCGCCCCGCGCCCUGCUGCUGCUGCACGCCGCGCCGCUGCCGCUGCUGCUGGGCGCCCUGGCCGCGCUGCUGCUGCGCUCCGCGCCGCCGGCCGCGCCGGGCCUGGCCGCGCUGCUGGGCGCGCUGUGCGGGGCCGCGCUGCUGGGCGCCGAGCUGCUGGGCGCGGGGCUGGGCGCGCUGUGCGGGGCCGCGCUGCUGCUGGCCGGGCUGGCGGCCUGCUGGCGCCGGCGGCUGCGGGCGCUGGCGGGCUGCGCCGCGCUGGGGCUGCCGUGCUGCGCGCUGCAGGCGUGCGGGGCGCUGUGGCUGUGCGGGGCGCCGGCCGCGCCCGCGCCCGCACCCGCCUGGGCCUGGGGCGGCUGGGCCGCGCAACUGGGGCUGUGCGCCUGCGAGCUGGCGCUGGCCGGGGCGCUGCUGGCGCUGGCGGCGCGGGCGUGCGGGGCGGCGGAGCACGCCUGCUGGGCCAAGGCCGCGCGCUACCUGUGCGCCCCGCGCAAGGCCGCGGCGCCGCUGGGCCCCUGCCAGCCGCAGCCCCUGCCCGAGCCCGGCCCCGGGCCCGGGCCCCGGCCCAGCCCCCGCGCCAGCCUGAGCGAGCUGGAGCUGCGCCCGCCGUCGCCCAUCAGCCUGAGCCGCAGCAUCGACGAGGCGCUCUGCCGCCGCCACCUGCUGCGCCGCCGCCUCUUCCCGUCGCCGCCGGGCCGCCCCGCCCGCCGCCGCAGCCUCCCCGAGGCCGAGCCACGGCCCGGCGGCUCCCCGCGCUCCGCGCCCCGCAGCGCCUCGCUGGGCGGCAGCUCCCUGGGCAGCCUCUCGCGGGGCUCGCUGCAGAUCAGCUGGGACCCCUGGCGCCACGGCCGGGCCUCGCUGGAGAGCCUGGCGCCCCGCGCCCCGCACCCCGCGCAGCCCCCGCGCGGCCCCGACGAGGCGGAGCGCGAGGCCCGGCGCAGCUUCGUGGCGCUGAGCCGGCGGGUGGACUCGCACAGCCUCUCCAGCGACACCAUCGAGCUGUGACCGGGCCGGCCCGGCCCCUGUGCCAAGCGACAAUAAACCCUGUCCCGCA